AACGGGCUUUUUUGCACGGGUUGCCGGCUCGCUGCAAUCGGGCCGCGGAGCCCGCGCGAAGCCCGAAUUCACAAUGCGAAGGCGGGCUCACCCCGCAGCCACUCGGCGUGCCUGCCCUCGCCGGGCGGCUUUGCUACAACGCGAACGGCAGCGGUUUGUCCCUCGGCCGCACCCUUCCGAGAGUCCCGGGCAGGGUUGCACGGCUGGGCGCUGCAAGAGAAGGGCCGGGCUUGCAAGGCAGCCGGCCCGGUUGCAGCUCCGGCGUUGCAGCUUGGAGCAUGUAAAGGGCAGCGAGAGCAGCCGGGCCUGCGAGGAGCAGGAGGAAGGGGCGCCCUGCGGAGCUGGGCGGGCCGGGGGCGCCAUGGCCUCGGUGAAGGUGGCUGUCCGGGUCCGGCCUCUGGACCGCAGGGAAAAGGAUCUGGAUGCUAAAUUUAUUAUUUCCAUGGAAAAAAAACAAACAUCAGUUACAAAUAUGAAGAUACCAGAAGGAGGAACUGGAGAUAUGGGAAGAGAACGGAUUAAAACGUUUACCUAUGAUUUCUCCUACUUCUCAGCUGAUGCUAAAAGUCCAAACUAUGCCUCUCAGGAAAUGGUUUUCAAGGAUCUUGGUACUGAUGUCCUCAAAUCUGCUUUUGAAGGUUAUAACGCUUGUAUUUUUGCAUAUGGACAGACCGGAUCCGGGAAGUCUUACACUAUGAUGGGAAAUGCCGGGGACUCUGGCUUAAUACCUCGCAUCUGUGAAGGGCUGUUCAACCGAAUCAAUGAGAAAAUGAGGUGGAACGAGGCCUCUUUCCGUACAGAGGUCAGCUAUCAGCUGCUUCAUUCAGUGAAGGAAUUCACAAGACAUCGUCCUCUCCCUUCUAAGCCAACAGAGGUACAGGCAUUCCAGGCCUCACACCUGGGCCAUACAACCGCUCCUGGCAACAGUUCAUUUUCUUGA